AUGAGAUGUGCCAUCGUAGUUGAUGUGUCCACUAAUAUACAUCGUAGCCACUCUCGUUUUACACCCACUGAUACAGACACGUUAGAACUAUUGAAGGGAAUUCCAACUGAUCCCAUCUCGCUAACAGGGAUUAAUUGCACUUACCGAGAAGACAAUCUGACUUCCUACUUAGACGAUGGCUUUGUAUAUAAAGAAUCUAGUCCUCUAUCGGGCCAUUGUUCAUUUCCUCUUGCCAUCUAUUCAGCACUCUCUGAAGAUAGCAUAGCACUUGUUUCUUCAAACUGGAAGGAAAGUAUGGAUAAACGAAACACUUGGUGGACUAAGAAGUCAGUUCCUGAAGAAGAACUUCAAUUAGACAUAACUGAUAAGGAAAGUUCUCUGUACAUAACUGUUCUUUCAUCAGUAGGUUGUUACAUUAAUUCUUGCAUACCUUCUUUCCUUCAAUGUUGUCACUCGGCCGAAAUUAAACAAAACUUUCUUCGUUGUAAGCAAUUGCAUCGUAGGUGUAUUAUGAAUUGCUUCAAGGAAUGAGAAGAAAAAUGUUUUCCUUUUUUUCUUUCUUUUUUUCCAUUUAUUU